CACCCCGCCCCAUUCACGGUCUCUCCGUUCCAAGAUGGCGGCGGCGGCCGGGCGGGGCUGAGGCGGUAGCGCAGCCCGCAGCCCCGCGAUGCGGCCCAGCGCUCCCCGUGACCCCCACGGUUCUCCCCGUGGCCCCCCCGGUACUCCGUCCCCCCGGUGAUUCCCGGAGCCGCCGCCGGGCCCCGCCAUGCUGCGGCGGCUGCUGGAGCGGCCCUGCACGCUGGCGCUGCUCAUCGGCUGCCAGUUCGCUUUCGUCGCUUAUUUUUCUCUGGGGGGGUUCCGGAACCUCACCUCCCUCUUCGGCCGUUCCACCGGGCCCGUCUUCGAUUAUUCCCGUACCCACGACGUCUACGCCAACCUCAGCCUCCUCUUGCCCCGACGGCCGCCCCCCGACCCCGCGCUGCCGCUGCCCUUCUGCCCUGAGCGAUCGCCCCUUCUCGUCGGCCCGUUGACGGUGAGCUUCAGCCGGGUGCCGACGUUGGAGCAGAUCCAGGAGAAGAACCCCCUGGUGCAGGAGGGCGGGCGGUACCAACCCCCCAGCUGCGAGCCCCGCUCCCGCACUGCCGUCAUCAUCCCCCACCGCAACCGGGAGACCCACCUGGGACACCUCCUCUACUACCUGCACCCCUUCCUCCAGCGCCAGCAGCUGCAGUACGGCAUCUACGUCGUGCACCAGGCCGGGAAUUCCACCUUCAACCGGGCCAAGCUGCUGAACGUGGGGGUGAAGGAGGCGCUGAAGGACGAGGAGUGGGAUUGCCUCUUCCUCCACGAUGUGGAUCUCAUCCCUGAGAACGACCACAACAUCUACACCUGCGACCCCUGGAACCCCAAACACGUCUCCGUCGCCAUGAAUAAAUUUGGGUACAGCUUGCCGUACCCCCAGUAUUUUGGGGGGGUCUCAGCUCUCACCCCUGACCAGUACAUGAAGAUCAAUGGUUUCCCCAACGAGUACUGGGGCUGGGGCGGCGAGGACGAUGACAUCGCCACCAGGGUGCGCUUGGCUGGCAUGAAGAUCGCCCGCCCCCCCGUCUCCAUCGGACACUACAAGAUGGUGAAGCACAAGAGUGACAAAGGCAACGAGGAGAACCCCCACAGGUUCGACCUCCUGAUCCGCACGCAGCGGAUGUGGACGCAGGAUGGGAUGAACUCCCUCACCUACACGCUCUUGGCCAAGGACCUUCGCCCCCUCUACACCAACCUGACGGUGGACAUCGGCACCGACCCCCGCGCCGGACGGGGACACCGGGCGCCGGCACCGGGCCACGAGGGACAACGGCCCCGCAGCAGCACCAACCUCUUCCGUGAGGAGAUGCUGCGCAAACUGCCCCGGGAGGCAGCGGGGCUGUCCCUGUCCCUGUCCCCCCGGUUGCCCACGCCGCAGCCGUUGGCAGGUAACGGCACCGGUUCUGCACCGGGGAUCACCCAGAGCAGCCCCGAAGCUGCCAAGGAGGGUGAUGCCCCCCCGGGGAGCAGCACUGGUGUGGCAGCAGCGCCUGAGGAAGGGACCCUGCCCACCCGUGGGGGCAACCAGAGCCUGCCACAGGGAGCCCGCUAGCCACUGGCCAUCACGGCCCCCACGUGGACUCUGCUCGCUGUGACCCAGUGCUGGGAAGGGAUCCGUGGCCGUUCUGGAGGAGACUGAGGGAGCCACGAUCCACAGUGAAGCUGCUGGCCACGGGGCCAGUGCCCGAUAGCAGGGGCACCCCCGGGAAGGGGUGCAGGCAGCACCAGGGUUGGGGUGAGCCAGGGACGGGCCCAGCCCUGUUGCUCCGAGCACAGCCGCAGGCUGCGCUGCCGGCGCGUGGUUAUUUAUUCUAUUUAUGAGCUGCUCCCUGGACCUUUAUAAGGAUUUUUCAAUUAAAAACCAAACACUUUGUCCUA